UAACAUUGAUUCAUGAUGCACAUGUGCCUCUACCUCCCUCCCCAUUCUGUCUCACCCUCCCUCUCUCUCUCUCUCUCUCUCUCUCUCUCUCUCUCUCUCUCUCUCUCUCUCUCAGCCUCCUUCAUUUCAUCACUGUCCUUGGGAACAGAAGUCCUCCAGCAGCAUCCCGUGAGCAGGCCAGAGGAGCAGUAUGUCAGUCCAUCCCAGGAGCUGAGCUUUGCUGUUGGAUACUCAACUACACAGAGAUUGAAGAUGUCCUCCACUCCACUGGCCGAGGCAGAAGAGGAUGUGUUUGAUCUGACUGAGGCAGUUCCAGAGACCGAACGACUUGACAGCAGCCUACAGAAAGCCAAAGCACAACUGUCAGUCAAAACCAGGAGGCAUCGACCCUCCCGAACCCGCCUGAGAGACAGCGUGAGCUCGAUAGAUGGAGAUGACAGCACUGAUAGAAUGAGUUAUGGUGGCUCCAUGCAGACCUCAUCUUCUCCAAUCCACCCUUCUUUUCGCUGCUCCUCCCCCUCUUCUGACCUACUCCUUUCCUCCCCUUCCUCACGGAGAGACCGAACCUUCACCUUUGACCCUUGCACUGUGGUUGGAGAAAGGGAAGCACAAGAUGAAAGACGGAGCUACAGGCACCUCCUGAACACCUCCUCUCAAGAGGCUUUGCCCCUCACACCAUCUAAGUCUCCCUCCAGACCCUGCGUCCAUUCAGAGACAUCUUCCCCAGCCCAUCUUCGCCAGAUGGACCACCUCAGGUCACGUGAGGGUAGCCAACCCCUUCUACACUAUGGGGAAUACUCACAGAGCGAAGACGACAGUCAUGACACAGGCCCUGAUGAACCUGAUAGUCCAACAGUGCUUCUGGACAAGAAAACCAGGAGACGUUUUCUUGAUCUGGGGGUCACUUUACGUCGCACAUAUGGAAAGGUCAGGAAAGACAGAUCCAACAGACUGUCAGCGGGAAAUCGGGAUUCAGAGAGAACAGAGAACCGGUCCUUGCGUUCUUCUGGUCCACCAUUUGUGCCUUUCUCUUGGUUUAGUGAAAGAUUAAGAGGUUCGGGCUCCCCCAAGAACAUCCAUUCCCCAUCCAGACCUUUCACCCAGGGCUCCAGUACUGAUGAGGACUUUGAUUCUUCAGUGGGUUUACUGGAAGACUGCAGACCCUGCAAGACUGAGUCAUCACAACCCUAUCAGACCCUCCCCGAGCAUUCAGAUGGGAAUGACUGUGACAGCAGUCGCGGCACAGAUUUCAGUUUUAAAAAGAAAAUGCUUUCUGCUUCUGGUAAAGAUAGGACAGAGCGACAGAAUGGCGUUCAUGGAAAACGGGACAGCGGUAAAAAUGGACACAGUGAAGAUGGACAAAAAUUACUGACAUCUUGAUGGUGUUUCUGAAAGACUGAAUACAAUACGCUGCAGGUGCCAUUGUUAAUGUCAAACAUUGCGUUGGCUUUCACAAUGUAUUACUGAUGGAUAUAUUAAUAAAGAUGGAUAUAUUAAUAUAUAUAUUAAUGGAUAUAUUAAUAAAGAUGACUUGCGAAAUUUGUCCAUUUACAU